CCCAUAGCUGCCAUCUGGCGGCCCUGCUUGAAAGAUGAAGUAAAAAUAAAUAAACAUAAAAAUGGCAGACCGGCUGACGCAGCUCCAGGACAUGGUUAAUCAGCAAGCUGAAAAUUUUUGCAACAGCAUUGGAAUCUUGCAGCAGUGCGCGACCCCCAGCAAAUUCAGUGGCGCGCAAACACCCCAACAACAGGAAGGAGAAGACUACGCUCACCUGUUUGCAACCCUUGUGGCCCGAUGUGCAAAAGACAUUGACGUGCUGAUCGACUCUCUUCCCAGUGACGACAACUCGGUUGAAGUUCAGGUGGCAAGUUUGAGGAGGCUGGAGCAAGAAAACCAAGAGGCGGCCGAAAAGCUGCAGGACGUGGUUCGGAGAGGGGAAGGCCUUCUGGAACAAAUCCAAGCCGCCCUUGCGGACAUUGUGCAGUGCCAACUUGACAUGGCCUCCUCGGAGCCCACAAGUGGACAAUGAGAUUAUUUUUGUUGAGGACUGUUUUUGUAAAUAAUGUAACUAUAGUGUAAAAUAUUUCAAGCACUUUCUUAUCCGGUGUGAAGUAUAAAGUAAUAAAAAUUUAUAUUAAAUUUG